AUCAAUUAUUAUUCGUGUUUAAUCAUUCUGUUCUUUUUUCAUUUUUUCGGUACAUUUUCCUCUCUUUACUAAACCAGAAAAUCCUUGCCAAAUAUUCGAAGCAUUCAAAAAAUACUAAUCCAACUACUAGUUAAUUAAACACUUCGCCAUAUUUUUAUUAGUGACUCAUACUAGUUUGAGAUUAAGGCGUAAUUGAUUGAUUAAUAUGUCGCCAGCUGUCGCUGCUGUUGGACACCACCGUGUAGUACCGUUAGCACCUACGGUUACGCCGGAGGCAGCUAGUCCGGUGGUGAAACCACCACCUCCGACCGUAGUGUCGGAGACAUUUGCUAAGGACGCAAUAUUAGCGUGGUUCAGAGGGGAAUUCGCAGCUGCAAAUGCAACAAUUGAUGCGUUAUGCAACCAUAUUACACAGCUUGAAGGCGGGAGAUCAUCGGAGUAUGAAUCGGUGUUCGCUGCCGUUCAUCGCCGGCGGCUGAAUUGGAUCCCGAUUCUUCAGAUGCAAAAGUACUGUUCCAUUACCGAGGUUACCGUUGAGCUACGGAAAGUCGCUGACAGAAAAUUAAAGGAGAGAGAGGAGGAGGAGUUGACUGAAGCUAAACAGAGUGACGCAGAAGUGAACGGUUCUUUGGGUGACAAGGAAAGUAAGCAUUCCGUAGAGAGCUCCGAAAAUGCAGGAAGUGAAGUGGUGGAUGAAGAUGAAUCACAUGAUUCUCCUGAAAGUGAGAUCACUGAUACAGGAUCUGUAGAGCCUUCGGUAGAAAGUGUUGAAUUCUGCUCAAACCAUGAGAACUGUGAGGCAAGGCACGCCCACAUCAAGAUGACAAAGGGGUUUGUAUCAAAGGAGCCAGUUAAAGGGCGUAUGGUGAAUGUAGUAAGAGGUUUGAAGUUAUUCGAAGACGUAUUUACUCCAAAUGAAAUCUCGAAAUUAAAUGACUUUGUGAAUGAACUUCGAGCUGCUGGCCAGAAUGGUGAUCUCUCAGGUGAAACUUUUGUUUUAUUCAACCAGCAAGUGAAGGGCAACAAAAGAGAGCUGAUUCAGUUUGGCACCCCAAUUUUCAGGCAUAUAAAAGAGGAGGCCACAUAUCAAAAGAGUAACAUUGAACCUAUUCCAGCUCUUUUACAAGGUGUCAUAGACCACUUGAUUCAGUGGCAUCUAAUAUCAGACAGUAGAAGACCUAACAGCUGCAUCAUCAACUUCUUUGAUGAGGGAGAGUAUUCACAGCCUUUCUUGAAACCACCUCAUUUAGACCAGCCUGUGUCUACCCUUCUCCUCUCUGAAUCGAUGAUGGCAUUUGGUAGAACUCUUGUAUGUGACAGUGAUGGAAACUACAAAGGAUCGUUCAUGCUUUCUCUAAAAGAAGGGUCUCUUUUGGUCAUGAGAGGGAAUAGUGCUGAUAUGGCUAGGCAUGCGCUGUGCUCAUCUGCUAGCAAAAGAGUUGCUAUUACAUUCUUCAAAGUAAGAACAAAAAUGGAUAGCUUUUCCUCAGAAGUCCCUCCUCUGACUAGAGCAAUGACCUUAUGGCAACCUGGUGUCCCAACACAAUAUUCAACUGCAAAUGGAGCAGCUAAUGGUUAUAAGAUAAUGGAUGUGAUUCCUAAAUGGGGUUUCCUUGGAGCUCCAGCAGUUAUGUUACCUCCUAUUCGUCCAAUGGUUCUGAACCCCAAAAGGAUACCACAUAAUGGUACUGGUGUCUUUCUUCCAUUAUCAAGAAAACCUGUAAAACACCUUCCACCACGUGCCCAGAAAAGGCGGUUUCUUGAGUUACCUUCCCCAGGCGAUUCGCCUAAAUCAGAGAGCACUUCAGAAGCAAGUAUGGAUGUCUAGUGCCUGAAUUAUCAAGACACUCUACACCAUAAGCGCUACAGUCAAAAGUAAUCCGACAUCCUUUUUUGCGUAUGUACACGGAGCUCAUGUGCUGAGUGUGUAUCUUCUGUCUUUUUAUACCUCCAAAGAUUUUCCAUCUCUUAGUUAGGUGUUGGGUGCUGUUCUUUUCCACUGAUGCUAACCAUAAGAGGCUUUACAGAUAUUCUGCUUAGUUGAGUGUGUAUUAGCCUGUGCAGAAGGUUGAAUUUUGUAUUUAGCUUUUUGUUUUUCUCUCAAUCUCUUCAAGGCCAGUAGAGGUUGAUUUAAGGUAAUUACAUUUGGUUUCUCUUCUUUAUUUACUCAGUACAUUUUUGGGGUUAUCGAGUGUUUACUGUUAUCACAUGCUUCUUCAAUUGUAUUUGAUCUUAAUUGGCUUGUUGAGCCUUGGUACGAACGAAUCCAAUUUCUCCAUAUCUAGUGAAAUAGCAUGUCUAGAUACUUUGAAAUUCA